AACAGAUUUAACACAGAAAACCACGCAAUAAAGUCGUCCACACAUGACAAAGGCAAAGCGGAGGAAGAGGAGAGGUUUGAACUUUGAGCUCUUCAUCGACGUCACGCCCCGGGAAUUCACAAAUAACGCACCCCAAUUUGGCAGUCGGAAAGCGGAGUCGCAAGCUCAACAGAUUCUCGUGACGGAAGACAGAGGGGGAGAGAGACCCAAGAAACAAGAAAAGCUGCUCUAUGUUCUCAGAGAAGUUCCAAAGCCAAAUGCAGAGCGCCUGAUUCAGUAGAUAAAACAGAGCGCGAGAAAGAAUCUGUCAAGAAUCCAAGUAUCUUCCUUCCCUCCGUCACUGAUUUCUGAGUCUUUCUCCGACUCGUCUAUUAAAGCGACCCAUAUACACAGGAUAAGAAAUGGGUAUGGGUGCGGGUAUGGGGAAACUUCAUAUUGAGCUCAAAAUUUGCUAAGUUUGUGUCUCAUGGCAGACCCGCUACAGUCAGAAUCACCAUAACGAGGUCGAAGAAAGAUUAUCUGAAAUUCGAGGUGUUGCUGUACAGUUUCCUUGUUUCUACCUGGCAGAUAUAUCUGGGAAAAGCACAAGGUAAGUAAUUGUCAUGGGUUGCAUUAUUUCGAAGAAUUCUGAGCAAACACCAGGAUAUGAAGAGCCUAGCGUUCUUGCUGCUGCAACACCUUUUACUGCAAGCGAAGUCGAGGCCUUAUACGUGCUCUUCAAGAAAUUAAGCAGUUCAAUUAUUGCCGACGGGCUUAUUCACAAGGAAGAGUUUCAGCUCGCACUUUUCCGGAACAGAAAUCAGAGAAAUCUUUUUGCCGACAGGAUAUUUGAUUUGUUCGAUAUGAAGGGAAAUGGGGUCAUUGAGUUUGGUGAAUUCGUGAGAUCACUUGGCAUCUUUCACCCGAAUGCACCAAUAGAAGACAAGAUUGCAUUUGCUUACAGGUUGUAUGACUUGAGGCACACUGGAUAUAUUGAGCGAGAGGAGUUGAAGGAAAUGGUAUUGGCACUUCUUCAUGAAUCGGAUUUGGCACUCUCGGAGGAUGUUGUGGAAACGAUCGUGGAUAAGGCAUUUAGUGAAGCAGACACAAAAGAUGACGGAAGGAUUGAUCAGGAAGAGUGGACGGACUUUGUGUUGAAGAAUCCUUCUCUGAUAAGAAACAUGACUCUUCCAUACCUAAAGGAUAUAACGUUGGCAUUUCCCAGUUUCAUAUUGAGUUCUGAGUCUCACGAUUCAGAAGUAUGACCCCAUUCCAUCAUUAAGGCGUCAACACAUGUCGGAUCGAUGUUAUAUAGCACCGGAUGAUGCCUCUGAGCAUCUGCCAAAUACCAGUUGUCGUUGCUAGGUAAAAUCUCAAAGCAGAAAGCAGAAUAAGAAGCAGCCGUCGUCAAGUCUUUAGUUGGCCAUUUUCAUCGACUAAUCGGUGCAUAAGGGUGGUCACAUAUAUUAUCAAUCAUGGGAGCACUCAAAGCUUCGCGUGUCUUUUGAGCUUUUGAGUUCAGAAGGGUUUGAGUGGAUACACGGAAGAGAGGCAUCCUGCAACGUGUAGGUAAAAAAUUUCAGGAACUUCAAGGACUAAAAAGAUAAUGUGUAUGUCUGAUAAAUUAGUCACGAGGAUGAUCUCUCCUGUGCCCCAGGAGACUGCCAAAGUGAGUACAAGAGAGAGUUUGAUUCUCAAACAGGCUGCUCUUUUUUCACUUCUCCUUCUAUCUAAUCAUAUUAACUUGAUUGCUGCUUUGCAUUAGAGAGUGAGAGUACGCCUUAAAUCUCUGUUGAGCAUGCCUUGAUAGCGUCAUUGUUUC